CUUUGCUUGCCCUCCGGUAAAAAAAAAAAGAGUUGAGUCACAGGGCACCGAGCCGGAGAUGUUCCCCGGUGUCGCCACGGAGGAGGAAUGCGGGCCUGUGCGCGGUGGUGCUGGGGCUGCGGUGGUCUUCCCCUCCGCUCGGGAAUACUUCUUAUAUUAAUCCCUCCUUUUAUCCUCGCACUCCAACUCAUGGUAGUCGGGCCACUGUUGCCUGCAGCCCCGGGGGAGGGGGUGGUGGACCCGCAGGAGUUCGCCUUCUCCGUUAUCAGCAUCGAACCGGAGAGGAACCCACGUCCACGGGGAUCCCCGUCCCUGCGUCCGGGCCUACAGGUGGAUGCGGAGAGAAAGGAGGGGGAACAGGCGUAUGAGGAUGAAAACGAGAUGCAUUCACGCCAGACUGGACCCAGAAAGCUGGAUCUGCAGGCGUGGGCAUCAGACGAGCCGUCCUUCACUGCAGAGCUCAAUCGCAUCAUCACAUUCAUCACCAGGCCACAGCUGAGCUGCCCCAUAGUGUUGUCUCCAGGUGAGACUAAAGCCUUGCAGCCCCCUGCAGACCCCCCCCGCUGGCUGCUGUGUGCUGAGGACUGGCUCCUUCCAGCUGCAGAUACCCCGUGUGUUGCGUACUCCUUUAGUAUGGAUGGAGGAGAUGCAGACUUUCUAAAGACAGUGUCAGGGCUGGGAUGUGAAGUACACAGUUUUGAUCCCAGCAACUCCAAAGCAUCUGGUGGUCACCUUGGCAACAGUUUGGUCAGUAACCAUGACGACAGAGGGGUGGUCCACCGGCACAAGAUGUGGCUGGAGUGGCGGGCUCCAAAGAGGCGCAAGCAGAAGACGAGAGGCAACCGAGGAAGUGUUUCUCAAACACUGGCAGACAUCAUGGCUGCACUGGGACAUCACACAGUUCACUUCCUGUAUGCUGACCUGCUGAGUGCUGAGUGGAGAGUUUUCCAGAAUUGGAUUGAGUCAGAAACUCUGCAGAGUGUCCAUCACAUUGUAUCCACAGUGCACCUGCAAUGGGCCGGAUUUGAGGUGGGCGGGACAAAUGAGGAAGUGCUCCGCUAUUGGUUCAGUGUCCUACAGGGUCUCCAAGCCUCUGGACUCCAGCUGGUCCACAGCUCUGCAGGAGAGAGAGGCAGUGUGCUCAAACAGACAGUUGAACAUGUUCACAGCUCAUACACACUGAGCUGGGCCAACACAAGGCGAUGACACUGAAUGAAUGAACACAGGUGCACACACACACGACCGGACAUUGUGGAUGGCCCUCAAACAGGAAGGAGAAGGUCAAUCCAAAAACUGUCGGUGUUGAUGCCCUUAUCUUACAAGGAACUUUUUCUAUAACAGUUCUUAAGAUGAUGUGAUCUCCCUCUAGUGGCGAUGGAAACAUCUGGCUUUGUGUGACUCCACCCGCAGUUGAAAUACUGUUGUGUCUGUAGAUAAUGGAAACUAUAAUUUGAUCAAAUAUUGAGGUAGCUACACAUUGUCAUUUAUUUAUUUUCAGAAGUGCGAGGUUUUCAAUAUCAUGUUAUACAGUGCACCACUUCAUAUGCAAUACACAAUCAUUUUGAUACUUGACUUGACUUUACUUUGAAUGUAUAUUCAGCCGAUAAUGUAGAUUCAGCUUUAUUUAAUGUAUUUCUGUACAUCUUUGUAUGAGUGAAAUGCUUUUUAUGUGCAAUAAAUGUUUACAUUGAAGAUUGUAUUGAGACAAGGUGUCUGAUGAGUGUCUGUAAAAUAUACAAAGAAGAAAAGAAAGCUGUAUAAAUGUGCAUUGAUACAAUAAUAAAAUAUGAAAUAAA